AUCACAACAAAAAUGUCAGCCUGCUCUCCGGUGGGCUAACAAAACCCCAUGUUUUGAAUUUAUUUCCAUCGUUCUACAAUUAUAAAACAAAACAAAAAAAUUAGCAUUUUCGUCUUAACCUUUCCGAAGUGUGCAGCUGAUAAAAGUAUUUUUUAAACAACCCAAUUUAGUAGAUUAUUCAUACAUAUCAUCAUGGAGCCAACGGCCUCUGGGAUAUUUUGCAACAGGAUGCUUAGCAUGGUGAACUCUGAGGAUGUGAACGCGAUCAUUCAAGCUCAGAGACACAUGUUGGACCGAUUUGAGAAGACCAAUGAGAUGCUGAUCAACUUUAACGGGCUGUCCAAUGUGCGCUUACAACAGAUGAAUGAACACUUUCUAACGCACACACGUACUUUAAUUGAGAUGAAGAAAGACUUGGACAGCAUCUUUAGACGAAUAAGGACUUUAAAAGGCAAGAUUGCAAAGCAAUAUCCUGAAGCCUUUAGCAAUAUCAAUGAGUGUUCCAACUUGGAGGGUGAUGAUGAUGACCCCAUCCCUCCCAGCAUGGCUACCACCAUCACUACCACCGCAACAUCAGAACGGAGCACUGAGUCAUGUGAUACAAGCCCUGAUGUAAUAUCUCCCACCAUUAGCUGCUGCUCUGAAGACCCCUCUCAGGAGAACAUCGGCACACCAACCUCCGACAGUCCUGAACACGCUGUAUUACGGGACGAGGGUCCAGAUUCAGCACAGUUCUAGAUUUGUGUUUCUGAUACCAUGUGUUUACUCCAUCCAGAUGCCUCUUAAAAGUGGGAUGAAGCUUUCAGAGCCGUAGCCUUGUAGGCAGUGCUCUGACAUAUGGAGCAGUAGCAUGCCGGUUGACCCGAGUUUGAGUCCUGGCUCAAGGUCCUUUGCUAAUCUUGAUUCCUCUCUUCUCCCCAGUCAUAUCCUGUCUAUCUCUCCAGUUUACUAUCUAAUAAAUGCGGGAAAAGACAAAAAUAUUACUUUAAAAAAAGUGUGAUAAAGCAAGUGUACGCCAUUAUGUUUACUAUAAGGAGGGUUUAAAGCAUUUUUUUAGGUACCGGUUUGGUACUGUUGUUAAAUGUUGUCUUAUGUUUUCUGUAUGUUUUCUGAUACAGCUUUUUAUGUAUUUAAAUUACUGUGGUAUUCCUCUAGAAAACAUAUUCAAGUAUCAUCUGCAGAUUUAAAAAAAUCCAAAUAUUGAUGUUCAACACAAACUUCUUCAGUGAUACAUUUAAACACAGACGGGUUUACCUGAGUAGUGGUGUAGUAUAAUAUUUAAUAUUCAAGACAGUAUUAGUAUUGUGAAGCAUGGUGACUUAAAAGACAAAUAUGCCAACAAUGAAAUAAAGGUUUUGUCACAGAAAUCUGAGUGAGUUUAUGUACACAUAACAGUAAACUGUUGUGUUGGAAUUUUCCAUUGUGUCCAUUCCCAAGUUGAGCUCAGUCGACAGCAUUUGUGGCAUAAUGUUGAUUACCACAGAAAAUAAUUUUGACAUGUCUUGUGUCUAUUUAAAACAAAAACGGCGGUUACAGUGAUGCACUUACAAUAGAAGUAAAUGGGGCCUGUUCAAAAUCGUUAAAAUACACAAUGUUUUAUAGGUAUAGCCACAUGACAAACAUUAACCAUGCUAACAUGAUUUAAGUGUGAUAAAAUCUCAGUUCAAAAUAAUUUUUGAUUGAUAAAAUCGCUUACAGAGUUUACUGGUGUUGCGUUGUCAAGGCAACAAAGGUACAGAUGCGAUUUAAUCAAACUAAAAUUAUGUUAUGA